UUAUUAUUAAUUCAAAAUUGCUUUUUUAAAAACUAUCGAAUAUUUUUUAGAUGACAAAUAUCUUUAGAUUUAUAGUAAGAGAAAACUGGUUUGAUAACACAUUUAAGAGUAUAAAGAUUUUUUUUUAGAAAGUUCAACAUGGACUACUUUUUCUGUUUUUUAACAUUCACAUUAUUUGUUACAUCAAAAGGUCAGAAUAAAAUUUCUGUUUCAUUACUUUUGGAUUCAUCUAUUCGUUUUAAUGAACACUGGUUCAAUGAAAACCUUGAUGGAAAUCACUUUCAAUAUUUAAAAAACUUUGCAAAGAAUUUUGCAGAUACAUUUGGUAUUUCAGCAACUCGUCGGGUAGAUGUUGUGCAGUUUCAAGAUAGCUCCACCUCUGGAAAAAUUAGCUGCAAUUCUUUAUCUACAUUGGGACAAUUCAAGUCAAAUGUAGAUGCAUUGACAAACAAUUAUGACGCAAUAGCUAAUAUUGAUAUAGUUAGUGGAGUUUAUGAAGGUAAGAAGAAUCUUCUAUCUAACUUGUGUGGUGGUAACGAAAGUUUUUCCACAGCAAUAGUAGUCUUGACAUCAGGGCCUCAACCUGGCUCUUCUGUAAGUGAUACCUUACGAUCAUUUUACUUGCUAUCAGACACUCCAAAAACAUAUGUAGUUUAUCUAAAUGAUGCAGCUUCUCAAGGUACUGAUCAAUACAACAUUUUAACAAAAGGUAUUAUUCAAAGACAGUUUCCUGUUCUGCAAUUUUCAGACUUUCAAUCUGCAUCAUUAGCAUUAUCUGUAGUUAAUCAAGUAAUUAAUGGCAGUUACGAGCAAUUUGAUGUUACUGCAUGGUCAACAUUUGGUCUGUGCUCAAUUCAAUGUACAAAAACAAGAUAUAGAAAUUGUACUGGUCAAUGUGCAGGAGUGGAAACUAUCCAAACAUUAAAUUGUACCACUGACUUUUGUCUUCCCUCAUUUGGUUUGUGGUCAUCAUUUAGUAAUUGUUCAGCUUUAUGUCAACAAACAAGAAGCAGAAGUUGUAGUGGAAACUGUCAAAAUGCAAUAACAACACAAACACAAUCUUGUUUAGGUGACUUGUGUCCUAAUGUAACAUUGGGUGCCUGGUCAGAUUACGGAAUCUGUUCAUCAUCCUGCUUGCAUACAAGAGUCAGAAAUUGCACAGGAAACUGUCAAAAUGUAACUACAACUGAUUCAGAACCCUGUUUAGGGGACUUGUGUCAAACAGCAAUUUUGGGUGUUUGGUCAUCAUUUGGUAGCUGUUCAGUUUCAUGUCAGCAAACAAGAAGCAGAACUUGUGUUGGAAACUGUCAGAGUAAUACAAUAUCAGAAUCACAGUCAUGUAUAGGUGACUUGUGUCCAACUGUUAUUUUGGGAGAAUGGUCAUCAUUUGGAAAUUGUUCUUCUAUAUGCCUACAAACAAGAAGUAGAAACUGCACUGGGAGUUGUCAAAAUGUAGAUACUAUACAAAAACAAUUAUGUACAGGAGGCUUUUGUUUAAACGGUCAAUAUAAAAUUGCUGUUUCUUUACUUUUGGAUUCAUCUUUGCAAUUCAAUCAAUUGUACUACAAUGAUAACUUUGGUGGAGAUCGUUUUCAAUACUUAAAAAAUUUUGUUAAGUCUUUUGCAGACACCAUUGGGAUUUCAGCUAAUCAUCUAGUAAAUGUUAUUCAAUUUCAAGAUAUAUCUACUUCUGAAGUAAUCAGUUGUGAUGCUUUAUCUACAUUACAAAGUUUUAAGGCAAAGGUUGACAGUCUUACAAAUUCUUACAGCUCUAAUGCUAAGGUAGAUAUAGUUUCUGGAAUAAAUGAAGGUAAAAAAAGGUUGGCUUCUAAUUUAUGUGGAAGCAAUAAUAAUUUUACUACUGCUAUGGUUGUACUAACAUCAGGUCCUCAACUUGGUGCAUCUGUUGAUGACUCAUUAUCAUCGUUUUACUCUCUAGCAAAUGCUCCAAAUACAUAUGUUGUUUAUCUCAAUCAAUUUGGUUCUCAAACUACAAAUCAGUACAAUAUUUUAACAAAAGGUCUUGUUCAAAGACAGUUUCCUGUUACACAAUUUAUUGGAUUUCAAUCUCCAUCAUUAGCAAGUUCAGUGGUUAAUCAAAUUCUUGCAGAUACUCCUGUCUUAGGAACAUGGUCAGCAUAUGGCGAUUGUUCUGUAUUAUGUAAGCAAACAAGAGUUCGAACAUGUUCUGGUAAUUGUCAAAAUGCUAUAACUUCUCAAUCACAAAACUGUCUAGGAGGUUUUUGCCCUGUUGCAUUAUAUGGUGUAUGGUCUGCAUUUAGUGAAUGCUCAACUGCAUGCCAGAAAACAAGAACAAGAAACUGUACCGGUAAUUGUGUGAAUGCUGUGAUUUUAGAUAUACAAAACUGUACUGAUGGUCAAUGUCCUUCAGGUAUUUAUAGUGUUUGGAGUGAUUGGAGCAGCUGUUCGGCAACAUGUUCGCCUACUUCUCAAGAUGUUCCAUUUCAAACUCGCAAUAGGAUUUGCCAAGGUGAAACUCUAGGUCGAAGUUGUUUUGGCUCAAGUUAUGAAUCUAGGAUGUGUAAUUAUGACAUACCUUGUCCAGUUUAUACACUUGGUAAUUGGGGAACUUGGAGCUCUUGCUCUCAAUCAUGUCGAGCAACUCAAACUAAUCCAAUGCGUGUUCGAGCUCGUAAUUGUACAAGUAACUCAUCUACAUUAAAUCAAUGCACUUCUGAUAUUAUGAUUAAAUAUGAACCUUGUAAUACUGAUGCAUGUUUAACAGUUAAAUCCUGUUCCAGCAUAAAUUUUACGUUUGUCUUUGUGUUGGAUUCUUCAUCUAGUAUCAAUCCUCAAGAAUGGGUUAAUGAAAAGCAAUUUGUUUUAAAUUUUGUUAAUAGUUCAGAUUUUGGUUUAAACCCAAAUAUUGAUAUUGCUUUGGUCAACUAUGGAAGCUCUCCUAAAUUAGAACUUUCAUGUGGUGCCAUCACCAACAAAAAUGAUUUUUUUGCUUUUAUUAAUCCUUUGCAACAAAGAAAUGGUGGAACAGCUACAAAUGAUGCUCUCUUAGUAGCAGAAGCAGCAUCAAAAAAUUGUACAAAACUAAAUGUGUCUCCAAUAUUUAUAUUACUCACAGAUGGUGCCGAGAACAUUGAAAAUAAUUUUACUAAACGAGUAGAAACUGAGAAUCGCAUUAAAAGUAAAGGAUUGUUAUAUGUUGGUGCUGUAGGAAACGAAGUUAAUAAAACUGACAUAAAUAGAAUGACACGUUACACUAUAAAUGGCCAAGAUAUAUAUUACAACCAGUUUUCUGACAGCUUUUCUAAUCUUCUAGCAAAUUACUCUUCAUCUUUUUAUUCAUAUAUUUAUGGAAUAUUGGGAUGUGAAACAAAAGGACAAUGGACAACUUGGAGUGAUUGGAGUGCUUGUUCUGUAGUUUGUGGAGUAACUGGGUAUGUCCAACGUAUUCGAUCUUGUGUAAGUCCAAUGACAGGUAAAAUCCAGGAAGAUUGUGAAGCUGAUGGAAAUCUUACAAAAAUAGAGUUGAAAAUUUGUUCAGGACCAUGUGGAACAUGGACAAACUGGGGACCAUUCACUGACUGCUCUGAAACUUGUCAGUCAAAUAAUGCAAGUCUUCCAACUCAAUCUCGUCAAAGGUUUUGCUUAAAUAACACACUUGAAUUAUGCUUAUCUGACAAUGGUUUAGGAAAACUUCAAACUAUACCAUGCAAUGUUGGUGUAAUUUGCCCAAUUAGAGGCACUUGGAGCUCAUGGGGAGCAUGGUCUGCUUGUAGUGCUUCAUGUGAUUCAGGAGUGUCUCAAAGAGAACGUAAUUGUUCUCUUCCUUUCCCAUCAAAUGCUGGCAGUGACUGUAUAGGUGAUAGUGUUCAGAAAAUAGUGUGCAAACUUUUAAACUGCCCAAAGGUUUGUAUGAUUCCUAAACGAUGCAGUUGCUUAAAUGCUACAAAGUGGAAUUAUGUUCCAACAUUUAAUCAAUUUCAAAAUCAGGGCAUAACAUUAGAGACAAUAGACAAAAUGGUUGGGUAUUUGAAUUCUUAUGCUGAAGAUAAUGUUAAUGCAACUUGUAAAGCAUGCAACAAGAUGGUUCUUUCUUCUAUGAAAUUACAGCUGACAAAUCAAACUAUUCAAAUUAAUGAAACAAUUAAAAAACUGGAUGCAAUAAAAAGCAACUUACGUGAUGUGAUCAAUUGUAAUGACAUUCCUCAAAAUUUUAUUGCCUUGUGGGAGCUCUACGAUUUAAUGUUUGAACGUAGUGUUAUGUUAGAGGCUGUUUUAAUUGAAAUGAAUGCUAUCUCCAUUCGUGUUGAAUCUGCUAUUAUUUCAUGUGAAUCAUAUGGUUGGUUUCAUCAGAUCCUCAGUAGCAUUUUGCGCGUGUGAAUACUGUGUAUUUAUUGUUAUUAACUAAUCGGUUUUUAUUGA